GUGGGGGUGGGGAAGCAUAGCCGCGUGGGGGUUGAGGGGGCGGGGUGGGCAUGAGGCCGAAGGCCCUGGGCCUCUGAGAAGACCCUGAGCUGGGGAGAAGGGGGGGCGCGGGGAUCUGGGACAGCCUCUCGGCGGCAGCCGAUCCCCCCCUAGCUCAGCGCCCCCUCCGCCCGCUGGGAUUCUCUCUCGGGUAGGGGGGAAAGGGGGCGGGGAGCAGAGGUGUCCUUCUGACGGCGGCAGAAGAGGCAGACAGACUGACAGACAAGCAGACCAACAGUGCGGCCCCGGGGUGCGGCCCCUGACUCCCGAGCUUCCUUGGUGGCGACUGGGGCUCGGCGCCGCGAAGCCAGAUGUGGUCCGGAGGCAGUGGGAAGGCGCGGGGCUGGGAGGCCGCGGCGGGAGGGAGGAGCGGCCCCGGCAGGCUCAGCGCUUACGCCCCGCCUCUGGUGGCUGCCUAAAACCUGGCGCCGGGCUAAAACAAACGCGAGGCAGCCCCCGAGCCUCCACUCAAGCCAAUUAAGGCGGACUCGGUCCACUCGGUUACGUGUACAUCCAACAAGAUCGGCGUUAAGCCGCCGCCGAAUCAUGUCGAUGAGUCCAAAGCACACGACUCCGUUCUCAGUGUCUGACAUCUUGAGUCCCCUGGAGGAAAGCUACAAGAAAGUGGGCAUGGAGGGCGGCGGCCUCGGGGCUCCGCUGGCGGCUUACAGGCAGGGCCAGGCGGCACCGCCGGCCGCGGCCAUGCAGCAGCACGCCGUGGGGCACCACGGCGCAGUCACCGCCGCCUACCACAUGACGGCGGCGGGGGUGCCCCAGCUCUCGCACUCCGCCGUGGGGGGCUACUGCAACGGCAACCUGGGCAACAUGAGCGAGCUGCCGCCGUACCAGGACACCAUGCGGAACAGCGCCUCGGGCCCCGGAUGGUACGGCGCCAACCCAGACCCGCGCUUCCCCGCCAUCUCCCGCUUCAUGGGCCCGGCGAGCGGCAUGAACAUGAGCGGCAUGGGCGGCCUGGGCUCUCUGGGGGACGUGAGCAAGAACAUGGCCCCGCUGCCAAGCGCACCGCGCCGGAAGCGCCGGGUGCUCUUCUCCCAGGCGCAGGUGUAUGAGCUGGAGCGACGCUUCAAGCAACAGAAGUACCUGUCCGCGCCGGAGCGCGAGCACCUGGCCAGCAUGAUCCACCUGACGCCCACGCAGGUCAAGAUCUGGUUCCAGAACCACCGCUACAAGAUGAAGCGCCAAGCCAAGGACAAGGCGGCCCAGCAGCAACUGCAGCAGGACAGCGGCGGCGGCGGCGGGGGCGCGGGGUGCCAGCAGCAGCAGCAGCAAGCGCAGCAGCAGUCCCCGCGCCGCGUGGCCGUGCCGGUCCUGGUGAAAGACGGCAAACCCUGCCAGGCGGGCGCCCCCGCGCCGGGCGCCGCCAGCCUGCAAGGCCACGCGCAGCAGCAGGCGCAGCAGCAGGCGCAGGCCGCUCAGGCGGCCGCGGCAGCCAUCUCAGUGGGCAGCGGUGGCCCCGGCCUGGGUGCCCACCCGGGCCACCAGCCGGGCAGCGCGGGCCAGUCUCCGGACCUGGCGCACCACGCCGCCAGCCCCGCGGCGCUGCAGGGCCAGGUCUCCAGUCUGCCCCACCUGAACUCCUCGGGCUCGGACUACGGCACCAUGUCGUGCUCCACCUUGCUAUACGGUCGGACCUGGUGAGAGCACGCCGGGCCGGCCUAGCCCAGCGCUCUGCCUCAUCGCUUCCCCUCCUGCCCGGUCACACACCACCAACCAGCCGCUAUACCCCGCGCUUCGACUUUUCUUAAGAACCUGUCCCGUUGAGACCAACGGAAAAAACACAAAGACCAAACUGCUGGACGUCUUUCUUUUCUUUCCUUUUUUUUUCUAAAAUGUGCAGGAUUUUUUUUUUUUUUUUAAGAAAAUAAAACAACCAAGCGAAUCCAAUUCUUCUAAGGAGUCUUUAAACAGAGAAGGACAUAACAAGAACCGCUUUGGGGGUGUCUUUGGGGUGAUUCAAAUGGGUUUCCCACGCUCGGGCGGGAUGUAGUUUGGAGACGGCUCUACGCUGACAUGGCUCUGGACACUUAAGAUCGAAAUCUUCACUCUGGGUACACCGUGCCAGGAAAGUGGACUCGCUUGUAAAUACCGGGAUUUCUUUGAAGGGGCGACAGGGGGCUGGGGAAAGGAAAAGACGGAACCCACUUGCCACUGACACAAAGGAAAUGCCCCCUCCUGCCCCCUCUGGCCACCCAGGCUCAGCUGAGACCGGCCCUGGUUAAAAUCGUUUUAUGUUUGAUGUGAACUUGUAGUUGUAAAACGCUGUCAAAAGUUGGACUAAACACUUAGUUUUUAGUAAUCUGUACAUUUUGUUGUAAAAAGCAAAAACAAGAAAACCAGUCCCCGUCCCCAUCCCCAGCCCAUCAUAUUUUUUAUGGGCCAAGACAAAUCUGUGUAUAUUAUUUGGCAGUUUGGUAUUUGCAGCGUCAGUCUUUUUCUGUUGUAACUUAUGUAGAUAUCUGGCUUAAAUAUAGUUCCUAAGAGGCUUCUAAUAAAUUAUACAAAUUAAAAGGAUUCUUUUUCUGAUUAAAAACCCCA